CCACGCGCAUUCAGCCCAAAUUGCUUUAGAGGGCAGCCUUCCUCCGGCUCCAAAGGAAAUGCAGUCCCUGGAUACGUGCCCUUUAAGAGGCGGACACGGAGGGGCGGGGCUCAAACCAAAACCCCGCCCGGUCACCCUGCGCAUGCGCACUGGCCACGCGGUUCCGGGUUCGGCUUUGGGUUCCCCAAGUCUUUCGCAGAUAACUUGAGGUUCGGAGAGGGAGCGACCGCCCCCGAUACCUACCUAUUGUUUCCCUUUCCUGGACCCACUGUGAAAGGCCUGGCGUCGGACCGUUGGCAGUUUCCCCGAAGUCCCCAAUUUACAACCAAGGGGACUGAUCGAGGAGACAUUUAGGACUGGAGCGGGCGCGGCAAGGAUGGGUCUGGUCCUGUAGUGCAGGUGAGGACGUGCAGACUCAGAGCGUGGACGGGUUCGCGCCGCUGUGGCUCUGUUGGCGCCGGGAUUCGAACCGAGGGUGCGCCCAGCUCAGCUCUGCGAGGCCUUGUAGAGGCGAGAUGACCCACUCUUUGGUUUGUGGGGAAACAGUGACCAGGGUGAGUUCGGUGCUGAAUCGCAACACCCGGCAGUUUGGAAAGAAGCACAUGUUCGACCAGGACGAGGAGACGUGCUGGAACUCGGACCAAGGCUCCUCGCAGUGGGUGAUCCUCGAGUUUCCCCAGCGUAUCUGUGUUUCACAGCUACAGAUCCAGUUCCAGGGGGGCUUCUCCAGUCGCCGGGGCCACCUGGAAGGUUCCCAGGGGAAGGAGGCGCUCACUAAGAUUGUGGACUUCUACCCUGAGGACAACAACUCACUUCAGACCUUCCCUGUGCCAGCUGCCAAGGUGGACCGGCUGAGAGUGACAUUUGAGGAUGCCACUGACUUUUUUGGCCGCAUGGUCAUCUACCAUCUGCGGGUGCUGGGGGAGAAGGCGUAAGGCUACGGGAGGCUGCCUUCUCCAAGAAGCCUUGGGGAAGCAUAGCAACGUGUUCAAGUUCUGCACAGAAGGUUUAUUGGUUCCUCUUAGGAAGGGCCCCCUCC